CACACACCUGGGCUGUCUCUCUCUCUCUAUAUAUAAAUACACACACCGAAGGCUCGGCUCAUUUCAGCAACUACCAUUGCUGCGGACGACAUUCCUGCAUUGACAUCCGCGAGGCACGGGUGCGAUCCCCGCUUUCACGAUGGGCAUUGUCACGUCCAAGGGCGCGGUGAACAAGGCGCAGCCGCGGGUGCUGCUCCUGGGUCUGGACGGCGCCGGGAAGUCGUCGAUGCUCUACCGCCUCAAGCUGGGCGAGGAGGUCACCACGAGCCCCACCAUCGGCUUCAACGUCGAGUCGGUGAUGCAGAGCGGCCGCAGCCCGGGCCUCUCCAUGUGGGACGUGGGCGGCCAGGACCUGCUGAGGAACAUGUGGUCGCACUACUACCCGGGCACGGACGGCCUCCUGUUCGUGGUGGACAGCGCGGACGUGGAGCGAAUCCCCUACGCCAAGGAGGCCCUGGUCGUGGCCCUGAGCGAUAGCAACCUCGACGGGGCUCCCCUGGUGGUGAUGGCCAACAAGCAGGACCUGCCGGGGGCCUUGGGGGCCGACGAGGUGGGCGAGGCGCUGGGCCUGGCCCAGUCGUGCAAGGGCCGCGACUGGGUGGUGAAGGCGUGCAGCGUGCCGACGGGACACGGCCUCAGAGACGGCGUGCAGGCCCUGGCGGCCUUCAUCAAGAAGCGGUUCAAAGCGCAGCAUCUGCAGAAGCAGCAGAAGCAGCAGAAGCAGCAGCAGCCGCCGCCGGGCAGAAAUGAGAAGAGCGUGGACGUAGUUUGAUCUCAAGCCCUGGUCGCUACCCAGCAAGGGUUCAUUUCUUAUGGGAUAUUUGUGUUUCCGGGAGGAGGUAGAGGGAGAAGGGGGGGGGGUAUUUUCCGGAGCUAUGUCCCGGGCAGCUCCAGCGAUGUUUACUGACAAUGGGAACGUGGAGUUGGGGGGUGGGCAGUGGAGGAGCCUCCACCACAAGCGGGCUUAGUUGUUGUUGUUGUCUGUGUAUCCCACGUACAGUAGAGGGUGGUGUCCAUACAGGUAUCAUCCAUUAUUCAUCAUCAUCAUCAGCAGCAGGAGCAACCAUGAUCAGUCCACUGCUGGACGAAGGACUCCUCACGCCGUGGUGACGCACCGCAUCUUCGCGUCAUCGUCAGCAAUGUCCUUUCCCCCUGAGACCGCGUCCCCUGUUCCGCAUCUUCGGUCUUUCGCUGGACGUCUUGCGGACGAGACGUCUCAACCUCCUGGUCCUGCUCUAGAACGCCGUCGAUCGUUCUGGGCGCGCGUCCUGCGCGGCGUGCCGAACGCGGCAGGUUUCGGAAAAGGGUCUCCCGAAAAACGUCAUGGCCAUUGCGACGCGUGUCAAAGUUCCGGUGGAUGAGAUUGGGUGUGCGCGUGUGUGGCGCACGUGUCAAAUCAAGCGAGGUUUGUCCUUGUAAAGAGUUUGGGGGGUGGGGGAAGAGACGGUUGGAAGGAAUUCCGAGGAGUUUCGUUGUUAAAAGUAAUAAUAAUAACGUGACGUUACUCUACUGUAGAGAAGAGAAUCUAACCCAACAUAAGUUACAUUUGAACCGAUACGAGGAGUUUCUUUUUGUUGUUGUUGUUUUUAAAACGUUUUGGGGAAGGGAGUUUCGCGAGGAGGCGCGAGAUUUGUUUACAACGUCCGCCGCGUCGGACGCGCGGGGAUUCGAGAGACAUCGCGGCCACUCGGUGAGCGUGUGGCUCAGUGGGGUCACAAUGGACAGGUCAGGCGGCGAUCCUGAGGCCGGCACUGAUGACAGUCCUCCGGAGUGCGAAGGUCAUGUUCACCAAAGCGUGAUUGCACCGGGCUCUCUGCCCGGUCACCAGGGACUCACACAGAGACCCAUAGACUCACACAGAGACACACAGACUCGCACAGAGACACAGACUCGCACAGAGA